UUGACUUUGGAGUUAGGCGUAUUACUUUACUCUAUUUCUGUUUGAAUUUUGAAUUCGAUUAAAUUGUUUGUAUUUUGUUCGUAAAAACUAAGAACUUGGAACUAGAAACAUAAUUUAAUUUGUCUCUGUAGUCCAACAUAGGUACAAAAAACAAAAUAUGGAUCUAAAUAAAUUGUGUCCUGAAAUGCCGAAAGUUGAACUACAUGCCCAUUUGAAUGGUUCUUUAAGUCGAGCAACUCUGCUUGAGCUUAAGCGUUGUUAUGCAGAUUCUGGUGUCAGCGAUACUACCAAUGCAUUCUUGGAUGAAUUUCAAAUAGGUGCGGGUGAUACUAGAAAUUUAACUGACUGUUUCCAAGUAUUCAACAUAGCACAUUCUCUAACAAAAACACCAGAAACACUAUCAUUAGCAACCCAAUUGACCUUAAAGGAAUUCCAAGAGGAUGGCUGUUGUUAUAUUGAACUGCGCAGUACACCUAAAGAAACACCAUUUAUGACAAGUAAACAAUAUAUUGAAGCUAUUGCCAAUACUAUGAGAAGUAAUGCUCAUCUGUCGAUUAAAUCUCGGCUCAUUGUAUCUAUAAAUAGAAGUAGUUCAAUCAAAGAAGCAGAAUCAAUAGCCGACUUAGCUAUCUGCUGUUACAAGCAGUACCCCGAUGUAAUUGUUGGCAUUGAACUAAGUGGAAAUCCCAGUGUGGGGAAGUUUGGAGACUUUGUACCUGCCUUGUCUCGAGCCAGGCAUGCUGGUUUAAAUAUAACCCUCCAUUGUGGUGAAGUGUGCAAUCCUGCAGAAGUAUUAGAAAUGUUACAGUUCAAACCAAACCGAAUUGGUCAUGGGGUUUGUAUUCAUCCUGAUUUUGGUGGGACUGAGGAAACUUGGCAAGCAUUGUGUAAAUCACAGAUACCAGUUGAAAUCUGCUUGACAAGUAAUGUGAAUACAAAAUCUACUCCUGAUUAUAAUUCACACCAUUUUAAGGAGCUCUACAAUGCAAAUGUACCCGUUAUAAUAUGUACUGAUGAUAAAGGAGUGUUUUCUACAUCUCUAUCACAAGAGUACAGAAUAUGUGCAGAUGUAUUUGGUUUACAGCCUUCACAAUUGGCAAAAUUAGCUCUAAAUGCAGUUAACUAUAUAUUUGCUGAAGAUGAACGCAAAAGCAUUGUGGAAAAAAUGAUGAAUUUUAUAAAUAAAAAUUCUUUAGAGAAUGUGUUAUGUUUAUACGUAUUUUAUUCUUCAAUAAUUUAUUCGAACUGUCCCAAUUUACAUAGAAAUGCAAACAUACUUCGAUCAACGUUCAGGACGUUGCAGGACGUUCUAGCCGUGACGUCUUUAUAA